UCUUCACCUGAAAGAUAAUAGAACUGAUUCACUAUCAGUCCGUGGACGUGAUUAACACACAACUGAUCAACAUAAAUCUCUAAGUCGAAUUCUUCUUUGCAAAUCAGUUUGUUUCCAUCAUAACAAAACUGAAUCUUAUUUGAACUAUAUAUACACAAUAAAUUAUUAUAUGUCUGCAUUACAAAAUUAAUGUCUAACAGAGUAGAUACAAUUGAUUUGUUUUGCAACAGAAAUUAUUUAAGAACUUGAAGGAGAUUGAUGUAAGUGAUUCAAAGCAUUUGGUUGAGACUCCUGAUUUUUCAGAGGUUCUAAAUCUUCAAAGAUUGAUUUUACGGAAUUGUGAAACACUACAAGAGGUUCAUGAUUCAAUAAAUAGUCUCCUUCAUCUAAUUUUAUUGGAUAUGGAGGGUUGUGUCAGUUUCAGAAGCUUCUCAUUUGCUAUCACUUGCGAAAGUCUUGAAACUUUAGUUCUUUCUAACUGCGGUCUAGAGUUUUUUCAAGAGUUUGGAUGUCUGAUGGGAUAUUUGACUGAACUACACAUUGAUGGAACUUUCAUAAAUGAACUCUCUAUCUCAAUUACAAAUCUAUUUAGCUUGAUUUUAUUGAACCUGAGGAAUUGUAUUAGACUUCCUUGUCUUCCAACUGAAAUUGGUAGCUUGAGUUCACUUAAAACUCUCAUUCUUAAUGGUUGCAAAAACUUGGACAAAAUUCCAUCAAGUUUGGGGAAUGUAAAGCCUCUCGAGGAGCUUGACAUUGGGGGAACAUCCAUAAGCAUUAUUCCUUUCUUGGAAAAUCUAAGAAUUUUGAACUGUGAAAGGCUGAAAAGCAAUAUUUGGCAUUCUUUAGCUAGUUUGCCAGCAAAUUAUUUUAGUUCACGCAGAGAUUUAAAUUUAAGUGAUUGUAAUCUGGUGGACGAAGACAUUCCUAAUGAUCUUAAACUCUUUUCCUCAUUGGAAAUUCUAGAUCUUAGCAGCAAUCAUUUUGAAAAACUGUCAGAAAGCAUUGAACAACUUAUUAACCUUAAAGCAUUUUACUUGAAUGAUUGCCCCGAGCUAAAGCGAGUACCGAAGCUUCCAAAAAGUACAAAAUAUGUGGAAGGAGAGAAGUCCUUGGGCAUGUUAAGAACUUCUGAAGGUUCUACUGCAUGCACCAGGUCAGAGAUGUCACCUUCACAAUCUGAUGCUCGUCUGUUGAAAAGUACAAAAUAUGUGGAAGGAGAAAAGUCCAAGGGGAGGUUAAGAAAUUUUGAAGUGAUGUCACCUCCAUCUAAUGCUCGUCUGUUGAAAAAGAAGGUCAAGUUCCUACGAUUUCAAGAGUACAGCACUAAAGAAGUGCAUAUUACGAAGGAUAUGGGGAAGCAGACUAAUCAUAAGCUAGUACUUGCUCACAAAACUAGUUUAGUUGGAAUGGAGAAUCAAGUGGAGAAAGCUUGUAAUCUCCUAGAUUUAGAACGAUCCAAGAACAUACUUUUUGUGGGGAUUUUUGGGUCAAGUGGCAUUGGUAAAACAACCAUUGCUGAAGUUGUUUACAACACAAUUGUAGAUGAAUUCCAAAGUGGUUAUUUUCUCUACCUUUCUUCAAAGCAAAACAGUUCAGUCCCACUUCAGCAUCAAAUGCUUUCUCAUCUUCAAUCAAAAGAAACUAAAAUCUGGGAUGAAGAUCAUGGAGCACAACUGAUUAAGCAUCACAUGAGUAAUAGAAAAGUUGUUAUAUAUUGUUCUUGAUGGAGUUCAUGAAAGAAACCAAAUUCAAAGGUUAGUUGGAAGUCCGAACUGGUUUGCACCUGGAAGCAGAGUUAUUAUUACAGCUAGAAAUAGAGAUGUUCUGCAUGAACUCAAUUAUAGAGAUCAAGUGCAAGAAUACAAGGUGGAGUUACUUUCUCGUGAGAGAGCUUACUCACUGUUUUGCGAGAAUGCAUUUGGAGAUGGCGGCCCAUCUGAUAAAAAGGAUCUUUGUAGUGAAAUUGUGGAAAAGGUUGAAAGACUUCCAUUAGCUUUGAGAACCAUUGGUUCCUAUUUGCAUAAUAAGGACUUGGAUGUAUGGAAUGAAACAUGGAAGAGACUAGAUGAAGUGGAACAAAUUUCUUUGAUACAAUAUUGCAGAGAAAUCAGAAGAAAAUUACACCAACAUUAGGCCAAAUCUAGUUCUUUACUCUCGCAGAUGAUUAGAAUGUUGUCCCAACCGUCUUUCGUUGGAAUUUUGUUCCUAUAGUUUCAUAAAACAAAGACAUGAUAAUUUUAUCAAACAAUAGAGACUAUUUGUUGUUUUGAAUGUGAGAGGAGAGAAGGUUUUUUCUUUGUCUUUGGAUGUGAGUUGAGAAAUAGUGAGAAAUGGUUCUUUAUUUUUUUUAUUUUUACCUUUUGGUAAUGGACUCAUGAGUCUUGAAAAUGUUGGGAAAAGUUGUUUCUUUAGUUAUUUAUGUUUAUAUGUAUUUUAAUUUUUGUUAUUAAUUCUAAUCUAAACUUUGUUUA